CGUCUUUGCCGCUCGUUUGCUUGCUAUAACGCAGCAUCAACAAUCCCGUCCUGGAACAAAACGAGAACUUUGCGAACAGUAUUUGUCCAUCGAUACUUAGGUCUAUCCAGUUCGUUCCACAACAAGUAGCGUUUCCAAUUUAGACAAGACUACGAACAAACGAUGCGAGUCAACUCUGUGGUAUUUGGCCUUUUGGUGUUCUCGGCCGUCAGCGAUGCCUUUACAGGCCCCAUGAGAAAGGCCUCCGUAGCUCCUCCAAAAAUAUCUAUUACUCGGGUGUUCAUGUCGGAGGAGAAGGAAAAGGAAGAUCUAACUUUGGUGCCUUCGGCUCGUAAACAGAUCGCGUUUGACGAGGCCAAGGGACGCUUCUUCGAAACGGACAUUAGUGAUGCCGAUUGCAUCCCCGACGAGGAGUUCUGCAUUACGGACAAUGACUCGGGAAGUAUGAUCCGUUUGACAAUCGAAGAAAAGGAGCGUAUUUUCUUGGAUGCUCUCCAGUCGUACUACAACAGUGGCCGCAAGAUGCUCAGCGACGAUGAGUUUGAUCUCCUUAAGGAAGAUUUAACAUGGAACGGGUCGCCCAUGGUUGUCAUGAACCGAAAGGAGGCAGCCUACCUGAAUGCUAUGCAGGCCUACCUCAAGGGAGAUCCCAUCAUGUCCGAUUCCGAAUUCGAUUCCCUUAAGCAGGAUUUGAAAGAUGAAGGCUCAAAAUUUGCCGUCCAAACCGAACCGAAAUGUUACAUCGACACAGGCAUCUGCAAGGUUACCUUGCAAGAGGACAAAUUUCGAUCCAAUCUUUUGUACCUUCCUGCUACCGUCAUUGGUGUCGUUGCCUGGAUUGGAUUUGGCUUUGAAGUUCUGGAACCGUUUAUUCGCAUCAACCCGGUGGUGCUCACUCUCAUGGGUACUCCUUUAAUUUAUCUGGGUGCCCGGACGUUGACAGAAGAAUUUAUUUUCGAAAACAAAUUCCUCGCCUACGGUCCUUGCCCAAGCUGUCAAGCUGAAAACCGAGUGUACUUUGGUAACAUCUUGGGAGUGGAAGGCUUUACCGACGUGGCCAACGCCAAAUGCCCAAACUGCAAGACCACCUUUACUGUGCAACGAAACACACUUCGUGCAUCCACUCUUCCCAAGGAGAACUAGAUCGUAUGUCUUACAUUUCAAGGUUAGUCGUGCUUGUCUGAGUGGGAAGGAGAGGUUGUGGCUAACUGUAAACGUGUGCUAAACUACGCUUACUCGCAUGGAACAAUCGCAAUAUAGUAGUAACCGGUUAUUAAUA